AACUGUCUAAAUCUUCGUGGUGAUUAUGAUCUCUGUUUAUUUCUUUUGGUAAUCCUUCGAUUUCCCCUUUCGAUCACUGUUUUCUGUGGCUUUUAGAGCAAGAACAACAGGGUAUCGAGGUGGUUUUCCUCCUUUUUUUCUUGUUCUGUUCUUCAAAUCAAUCGUUUCUCGAGCUAUUUCGAGGAAUAAGAAGUGGAUUUUGUGGAGUUUAAGCCGCUUCUGAUCUUAGUUCAUCAAAAUCGAUAUCAAUUUCAAGCAAAUCCUUACUCCUCUUUCAUAGAUUCAAGCUGGGUUCAAUUUUGUUCUUCCCCCAAAUCAUUCCAACCCUUUCUGUUUAAGUAGAAGCUUUGAUUUGCUGUAAAAAUGGGCGUUGAAUGGUUAGAAUCUGAUAUGGAAAGGAUAAACCAUGGUGGGCCUCAACUGUUAAAAAGCUUUGUGAGCUGUUUGCCUUUGGUCAGCUGGUUCACAAGAGUCGAGUUCUUGUGCUGUGGAGCAAAUCAACACUGAGAAUCCUCUUCUACUUUACAGGAUCUGAGCGUUAAAAGCUUCCCCGAACCGUGUAUCUAUUAUCGGUUGCAUCUGCUUGAGAUACAACGAAAUCCCGAGUUUUGGAAGCUCAAUCUUAGAUUUAGAACGAAAAAAAUAGUGUGUAGAUUAGAAAUCUAGAUUGUAGAACAUAAGGGUUAAGUUGGUUCUUUUGUUCUUGUUCUUCUGGUGGCUGAUUCUGCUUGGGUUACUUAAACGAAGCCAGAUGACUGUUGAUGAAGCUGGAAGUAGCUCCUUGUGGAGUUUAGAACAGGAUAAGGCAUUUGAGAAUGCACUUGCUAGUCAUCCCGAGGAUGAUUCGGAUCGUUGGGAGAAAAUUGCAGCCGAUGUACCGGGAAAAACUGUAGAAGAGAUUAAACAUCAUUAUGAGCUCUUAGUUGAGGAUGUGAAUCUAAUCGAAUCGGGGUGUGUGCCUCUUCCUUCUUAUAGUUCUUCUUCAGAUGGUUCGGCUAGCCAUGCUGGUGAUGAAGGAACGACUAAGAAAAAUGGCCAUUUUGGGCACUGUAAUGGUGAUUCAAAUCAUGGAAGUAAGACUUCGAGGUCGGAUCAGGAACGUCGUAAAGGGAUUGCUUGGACAGAGGAUGAACACAGAUUGUUUCUACUUGGUCUCGAUAAAUAUGGGAAAGGAGACUGGCGGAGCAUAUCUCGAAACUUCGUAGUCACAAGAACACCGACGCAAGUGGCGAGCCAUGCACAAAAAUACUUCAUCCGUUUGAACUCAAUGAACAAAGAAAGGAGGCGAUCCAGUAUCCACGAUAUCACUAGUGUCACAAACGGAGAUGUCUCAGCCGCCCAAGGACCGAUCACCGGUCAAGCAAAUGGCUCUGUAGCAGCUCCUUCUGGAAAACCAACAAAACAGCCUCCUCAACCUGCAGCUGGUCCUCCUGGUGUGGGAAUGUAUGGUGGUCCAACCAUUGGACAGCCAGUGGGCGGACCAGUCGUCUCAGCUGUUGGCACCCCUGUCAAUAUCCCUGCUCCAGCUCACAUGGCGUAUGGGGUUCGAGCCCCAGUGCCCGGCACGGUGGUUCCCGGUGCACCUGUAAACAUGGGUCCGAUGACAUAUCCGAUGCCACACACAUCUGCUCAUAGGUAAAAUAAUAUACAAAUGAUUAGAUGCUGGGAAUGCCAUUUUUUUUGUUUUAAAACCUUUCUUUGGAUCAUCUUCUCUCAUUGGCAAUGGAAAAAUAAAAGCCACAGUGGAGGAAAUUUAUAAGUUUCUGUAUAGGCAUUAGGCAGCUUAUGGAACAAAAAGUGGUUAGCAGUUAUGAAUGAAUAGGACAUCUUCUGUCUCUCUGUCUCUGUGUUUUGUGGGUGAAAAUUGUCAUAGGUAGAACUAUUUUUGUUGCUAAACUUUGAAGCCAUGUUCAUAAAGUUUAAGAUUUAAUCAUUUCAUUACAAAGCAGAAUCAAUGUUUGGAUCUUGUGUU